GGGAGAAGGAGUGGGAGGUUGUUUAAACUGAGAAAGACAGUUGCAAAACUUCGUACAACAGCAUGAGCUCCAAGCUUCAAACGCAUUCUCAUGCUCAGACGAGCACUUUAUUUUUCAUCAAGUUAUUUUUGCAUUGUUUUGGAGCAGCUUCGAAUAAUAAACACAUAUUUCUGCUUUAAAUUUUAAUGGUUGCUAAAUUCAUGGGACAACCAAAGCAAGAAAGCCUCAUGUUCUGGAGGACAGUUUGAUAUCAGCAAUGUCCAGACAAGAGCCAAAGAUGUUUGUCUUGCUCUAUGUUACAAGUUUUGCCAUUUGCGCCAGCGGACAACCUCGGGGCAAUCAGUUGAAAGGAGAGAACUACUCCCCCAGGUAUAUCUGCAGCAUUCCUGGCUUGCCUGGACCUCCAGGGCUCCCUGGAGCAAACGGUUCCCCUGGGCCCCAUGGUCGCAUCGGCCUUCCAGGAAGAGAUGGUCGAGACGGCAGGAAAGGAGAGAAAGGUGAAAAGGGAACUGCAGGUUUGAGAGGUAAGACUGGACCACUGGGUCUCGCCGGUGAGAAAGGAGACCAAGGAGAGACUGGGAAGAAAGGACCCAUGGGACCAGAGGGAGAUAAAGGAGAAGUAGGUCCAGCUGGUCCUCCUGGACCAAAGGGAGACAGAGGAGAGAAAGGGGACCCAGGGCUGCCUGGAGUUUGCAGGUGUGGAAGCAUCGUGCUCAAAUCCGCCUUUUCUGUUGGCAUCACAACCAGCUACCCAGAAGAAAGACUACCUAUUAUAUUUAACAAGGUCCUCUUCAAUGAGGGAGAGCACUACAACCCUGCCACAGGGAAGUUCAUCUGUGCUUUCCCAGGGAUCUAUUACUUUUCUUAUGAUAUCACAUUGGCUAAUAAGCAUCUGGCAAUUGGGCUAGUACACAAUGGGCAGUACCGGAUAAAGACCUUCGAUGCCAACACAGGAAACCAUGAUGUGGCUUCGGGGUCCACAGUCAUCUAUCUGCAGCCAGAAGAUGAAGUCUGGCUGGAGAUCUUCUUCACAGACCAAAAUGGCCUCUUCUCAGACCCAGGUUGGGCAGACAGCUUAUUCUCUGGGUUUCUCUUAUACGUUGACACAGAUUACCUAGAUUCCAUAUCAGAAGAUGACGAAUUGUGAUCAGGACCAAGAUCCCUGUGGUGGAUACUCUAAUUGAAUCUGGGGUUCCAGAAGGUGGAACAAGCAGGAAUGGGAUCCAAAGAGACUUUCACUUUGAUUCUAAAGCAUUUGAAGACAAUUCUAGCAGAAUUUAUUAAAACAAGAUGAAACACAAAAAAGUUGAAACCACACAACAAAAUGAAUUCUAUAAAAGAAUAGCCCCAGAUAUAAAUUCUCUUGAAAGCAAUGUUCACAAAUAUUUAAACAAAUUCAAGACAAUGUUAACAAAUUUUUUAUUAAAUGCCCUGAGUGAUAAAACCAGUUGGCAAUAAUAUUGCCUCAUUAAAUCUUCAAAAAUUAUAUUUUAGUCUGUUAUUUAAGAGAAACAUAACAUCUCAAAAUCUUUGACAAUUCUCGAAAGGCUAUAUAGGAAGCCAAAAAACAAAAGGUAAGAGAUGCUAACUAUUUUUCAAGCAAGCUAAAGAGAAAUAAUAAAUGUCUUAUGUUUUAUUAUUUAUUCAUGGUUGUAUAUAUUCACUCAACAACCCUUUAAGGAGCCCAUAAAGACCAGACACUGUAGUGCUGAAUCAGCUUUAAUAAUGAGUUAAGACAAAGCCCCUACUUUCACACAGGCUAGUUUGUGAUGAACAAACUACCACAAUUCAGUGUGAUGAGCACCGUAGCAAACAAAUGGAUUUGAUGCUAAAAGCACACAGGGUCUGCUAUUCCUGAGGCUGGGGCCAGAGAAGCUUUUACACAUGGAAAAACACUAAUCAUGCCAAGGUGUAUGUGUUUAAGUGGGUGUGAUGGAUGCAAGGAGAAUGAGGAAUUCGGCACUGCGUUCUCUUUGCACCCUCAAUGCAUUGUUAGUAUUCUCAACAGUGAAGGGGUGAAAAAUCUAGACACAGAGAAGGCCUGGAAGGGGUGAUGAAGAUUGAAAUGAAGAGAAACAGCCAGCAGGUGAUUCUCCUAAAUCCUUUAGUGUGCUGGUUUCCCAAGACAAACAUUUGUCCUAAUAGCUUUCUCAUAAAUAUGGGAAUUACUUUACAUUGUGGUAAGACAUUGCUUCUCACCGAACUGCUAGUCAUUCAGUUCAAAUAAAGCAAGGCGUAUGUUCACUGACUUAUGAGUAAGCUGAUGAGAGCAAUGGACAGGAAAAAGAAGGACAGAGACCAAAUGUCUGAGUAAGUAGACAUCCCUUCCAAGUCUCACACCUCCCUUAGUCCCACUCUUGCUUGUGUCAGCAUCUUGUUCUUCACUGAACUGUAUUCUUCAAUUAAUCUCCUCCAUGAUUCUGUCUGAUCUACCAUUCUCUUGGUUUAUGGUAAUAGUAGUCCCUUAAUCUCUUCCUUUUGGUAACUUCUAAUCCUCCUUCUAUGUAUUCCUUUCUCUGCUCAUGACUUACAAAUAGUUCUUAUAUCUCUUAUGUUUGAAUCACCAUGCUAGAUUCUGUGAAGACAGAAGAGUAUCAAGAUUAACACAUUAAUAGUAUAUCUUCAACUAGUAAAUUUCUAAGGAUACAAGAAAGAAAAUAGCAUCCCCCACACACACAAAUACCUAUAAUUUUGAAAGAGAACAUGACAAAAUAUGCUAAGUUCUAAGAUGGUAAUAAGAGCAUAAUGCUGUGAAAUAAGAGGAAAUGUUUACAUCCAAAUUAGAAUGCCAGAGAGAAGAGAUAGGGAAAUCCUCUCUGCUCAUUGGGCCUUAAGUGAUGGUUGGGACUUGGAGUGGCACAAGUUGGAGGAAAGGGAAUUUGAGACACAGGUAAUGACAGGGACAAAGUCAGAACAGAGAUCCAAAAGGAGAAUCAAUUGACCAUAUUUGUAAGAGCUUUGAAAGCCAGCCUGAGAAUUAGGGAAUUUAUUCAUAAGAAAAUGUGGAGACCCUGUGUAUUCCAGAACUGGAUACUGCCAUUACCACAGAUGAAAGUUGCAAUGAUCUAGCAGUUGUGUGUAAGGGCAAUGCUUACUUCUCCUGUCCUUCAACCCUAUCUUGCUUCAUUGUCUUUAUCUGCCUGCCAUACUUUGUCCACUUGUGGCUCUCCUUCUGAGUCAAGACAUGGAUACAGGAGACCAAGAACAAUGAAUAUUAGACAAGAAAGAGAGAGCAAAGGUGGUUUGAGAUAGUCACCUGCUUACAGAUAACAGCCAAAAAUAGAAUUCCAAGCUACAAAGUAUAAAAGAACAGCCAAAAGAAGUAACUAAUCUGGGGAAAAUGAACAUAUGGGCCCUUUGAAGACUAUAGGAUAUGCUGGGUAAAUUGGAAAUGGAGUUAUUACAGACAGUCAUGAACUACAGAUUACUGUGAUUAAAAUUUUCUUCUGAUCAUAAUCCACAAAUGCAUUCAUUUUUUUGGACAUUGUUUACUUAUCUUUUGAAUGUUUAUUUUAUUACAAAGCCUAUUUUAAGUAGCUUUUAAAACUGAAUUUCCUUUAAUUGGUUCAAAGCCCAGAGAUGAAUUUCAUUUUGAAAUAUCUGGUAGGAUGGUAAUUGGGAUCAGAGAACUGAUGUGGUAAAGGAAGAGCUGUUUUGGUACUAAAAAAUAAAAUAAAAUAAAAUCUUAAGCAAAUGUUAGUGUCUUUUACUCUUAAAAAAUAGCAGAUACAAUUUAUCCACAUUCACAAAUACUUGUAUAAAGAAAGUAGAACAAUUUUGGUUUAAAAAAUUCCAAAUCUCAUUCCAAUCAUUCUUUGUAAAGGCUGACUUGUAAUGAAUAUGUAUUAAGCAAUAUUUAUUGACUAUAUAUCAUCUUGGUCUGGAAAGGUUUAAAGCCACUUAGAAAGAUAAGUAAGAUGUAAAAAGAAAGCAGCAGUAAAAAGCAGAUGACAAAAAAUGGGAAAAACAAAGAAAAAAGAAAUAAUGAGGCUAACAUAAUACUGUGUGUACAUGAACACACAUGUGACUGUGUUACAUGUUUUCAGGUCAUGCAUGUUUCUUUGUGCCUGUGCAUGCACAAGGGCAUUUCCAGGUCAUUUAUCAUUGUGAAUAGUGUUACUUAUGAUAAAAUAUAGAUUCCAUAAACUCUAAAUAUAUUUUUUUUCUGCCACUCUGUGUAAAAGAUCAUGAAUGUAAAUAAAUUUUAGAUA